UGCUCUCUAGCUUUUUCGGGGAGAUGGCGCGAAAUAUAGGCGCCCCGACGACGAUCGCGCCACCUCCAGGUCCCUAAUUUGGUGACUGCAACUGAGAUCGAAGGAACAAAGGAGACUUUUCUCCUUCAUCUUCUUCGCCUUCAGCCUUUUCUUCACUUUUCUUGCUCCUCAAGCAAUCGGAGAAGGAAUAAAACCGGAGACAGAGAGAGAGGGAGUCGGGGAGAGAGAUAGGGGAUAGAGAUGGUUCUGUGGGAGAUCACGGUGGCGACCGCCUACUUCCUUGGGCUGAAGAGGACGUACAGGCUCGCUCUCAGGAUUCAACGCCGGCUCAUCGGCCCCACCCACCCCAAGCUCCGGGACUUCGCCCACAGGCGCACUAGGGCUGUUUUUGACAUGGCUUUGACUGUGCAUCGCAAGGUCCAGCAAAGAGACCUAGAUGUAGGUCGGAGCCUUGGCAACUGGAUUCUUCGAUGGCUUGACCGCAUGAGGCCAUCUGCUCAAAUUCGAGGUGAACCCACUCCCGUGAAGUCUCAGGAACCCAGAGUGGCAAAAACCAUUAAGGAUUCCCAGCGGGCUACGGGCACCCAUGGAGCAAACAACCGUAAGAUUGCAGGUCAGGAUUCAGAUGGUCGCGUGCUUGCAACCCCAAUGAAAAUAAUGUUACCAAGGUUGUCCCCAACAGUAGGGGCAAUUCUGCACCCACAGAAGGCUUCUGGCAUCUCAGGCAGCCAUUACAGGCACAUCUAUGUCAACACAGGACAUGUUCGUGCUGGAAGAUAUGAUGGCAUAUUUCGGAGGGAUAUUGCACAGUGGAUGCAAGUACGAUAUGGGGAUUGAUAACGUUUUUUCCUCACACAUUUGUGCUUCUCAUUUUCUGUAUCAAUCAUGCUGAACUUCCCCUAGAUUUUUUUUAACCACAAAGACUGAAUGUGGUAAGAAAUUUCGAUUUGAGGGUUAGGCAAUGACUUGUGAAUAGUUGUCCGUGAGCUUUUGUUGAAUAAAAGUCUGGUCCCCAGUGAUUGUAACUUUUGAAACGGGUGUAAAGGUGCUCUCCCCUUAUUUGAAAGGUAAAUGUCUGAAAUUUGGAUUUCAA